AUGGACAAUUACCCUCAGAUCGCCGGCGAGGGGAAGAGGUGGCCGGUGCUGCGGCUCGACGACGGCGGCCUCGAGGUGCACAAGCUUCAGGUUCUGCUCGACGACUUGGGGUACUACAGCGGCGAGGAGGACAUGCAGUACUGGUAUUUCGGUUCCACGACGGAGAACGCGCUCGGGACGUUUCAGGCGUCCACGGGUCUGCCGGACACGGGGUUGACGUGCGUGAACACGUGGAGGGCGCUGGUGGGCGAGGAGGAUCUCAAGCUCGGCCCGAAGAAGGCGCUGGAGAAGGUUGGGGACGGGGAGUAUCCGCAGGAUCUGGCGCGGCAGGACGCGGUGUUUUUGCUCGGCGAAGGGAGGUUCGAGGAGAGGAAGCGGGAGGAGGUGUUGUAGGUACGGUAGAAUCAUCCAUCAGAAUCGUCGUCGUCUGACGGAACUACGAGU